AUGUGCCCACGACGAUCACAAUCAGACCUGAGCCAAUCACUGUCACUGAAUCCUACAGCUGAUCAGCAGACGAUUACAGUUACGAGCACCGUGCCGACGACACGCACGCUCCUCCGAACAACUAUCUCGACUUCUACGAUUACAUCGGUGCCACAGCCGCAGACCAGCACGAUUACAGGCGACGCAGUGACGCGAACUAUCACACGGAAUGUCAUCUCCACUCGUACUCAGAUAUCGACUCAAUCCGUUCCCACAACGGUCACCGUGAACCGUAUCUCCACCCGAACAAUCACCAUCACCUCGGCGGCUGCUACGGUCACUCAGACCUCGGUCCAGUCUCCCGCACGAUCACAAUCAACAGGAUCACCACGCGCACUGUGUUCCAAGAGAUUCCGACAACGACCACGGAGACACGCACGGAGACAGUCACAGAUGGCCAGCAGAACAAGAGAGCUGCAGGGUGGUUCGAGAACAUAG